UUUGUUUAUCAUAAGAUGAAAUAAGUACUUGAACCUCCUCUAUGUAAACCUCAUUUGCUAUCUUCCCACGUUCCCACUUGUUUCAUUAUAGUUUUUGCUUUUCAAUGUUGAACUCUGUAUCUAAAUCUCUACAAUUUCAUUUAAUUUCUCUUCAAAUUGUACUGAAAUAAUUUGAUUAAAUUGUAUUUCAUUGUCUUUAUAGUGAUUUUAUGUCAAUUAUAGUAAUCAAAUGUAACCAUAAAAAAGUCAAUAGCAAUAAAUGUUCAAACAUGCUUAAUGUGACUCUAUGGAUCGUUGUAUUUCUAGUCAGUUUCAUCAGCUGGUUCAUCUUUUAUGUGAAGAAAAAACACUCUUAUUGGGAGCGUCAAGGCAUCAAGGGCCCAAAGCCCUUAUUUCUGGUUGGAACUACAUUCGCUGGUGUGGAUAAACCAAUUGUUGAAGCAAAUAGGGACUUUUACAAGAAAUUUGGUAACCUUUAUGGUCUAUACGAUGGUUUACAAGCUCACUUAGUUGUUGGUGAUCCUGAGCUUCUUCGGCACAUUUGCGUCAAAGAUUUUCACAUUUUCCCUCAAGGUUUUCAUUUCCCAUCUCUUCACGAAAUCGAGAAAUCGUUUUUGAUAAAUUUAUAUGGAGAAAAAUGGAAACGCAUUCGAACUCUAUUAACUCCUACAUUUUCAACGGGAAAAAUCAAGAGAAUGUUUAAUUUGAUGAAAAUUUGCAACAAAGAUGCCCAACUGCAACUCAAAAAUCUCACCAAAUCAGGUGAAGCACAGUUUGAUCCUAAAUAUUUUUGGGGAAGAUACAAUAUGGAUGUCAUCGCUAAAUGCUGUUUUGCAACGAAUCUUGAUGUUUACAGCAAUGAAGAAGAUGUUUUCUUGCGCAAUUUUAUUGAAUUUUUCCAAGGAAACCCUCUGAAAUUAUUGUGUGCAGCCGUUUUUCCCGGAUGGUUUUCCAGAUUAUUGAAACUGAGUUUGUUUCCACCUAAAAAUCUUGAAUUUUUGCGAGACUUAACUUUGACUUUAAUUGAAAACCGUAAAAAUGGCCAGAAUAAAGCUGACGAUUUUCUUCAAACACUUAUUGAUCUAGAAACAUCAACAGAAGAUGGUGAUCUUAACAAAGCCAAACUGUCCACAGAUGAAAUUGUUGGAGCAUCAAUGAUUUCCCUUGUUGCAGGCUAUGAAACAACUUCAACUCUUCUCACCUGGUCCUGUUAUAGACUGGCCAAGAAUCCAGAUAUUCAAGAAAAGUUAUAUCAACAAAUUUCUGAAGUUGAUUUGGAUGAUUAUGAAACGCUCAAUUCACUGUCAUACCUGGAUGCUGUCAUAUCAGAAACACUCAGAAUCGAUGCACCGAUUGUGCUGUUCCAACGGCUGUCCCAUUCAGAUUAUAAAUUUCCUGGAACCAAUGUAGAGAUUAAAAAAGGAACCACAAUAUCUAUUCCUGUCUAUGCCAUUCAUCAUGAUCCAGCCAAUUAUCCUGAUCCAGAAGUUUUUGAUCCACAACGAUUCUUGGAUGGAUCAGUAAAACCAUUCACCUUUUUACCUUUUGGUUCAGGCCCGAGACUAUGCAUUGGAAUGCGAUUUGCGCUCAUCAACGCAAAACUUUCCUUGGCCUAUUUAGUCAAAAACUAUCACAUUUUUACUACCGAUGCAACUCCAUCAAAAAUCAAAUAUGCAAGAGGAUCCAUCAUAUUAGCAGCCGAAGAUUUGAAAUUAGGAAUAAAACCAAGAUGAUUUUUCAUUUUCAAGCAACAAUUUGAAAUGCAACAAUUUACAAUAUUUUACUAUGGAUCUUUGCCUUUUAAUCAUAAACUCAAUGAAACGCAUACGAUGUAAAAUAAAAUUUGGUGUUCAAAACUCUAACUAUUAAUAGUGUUGAAGCUCUUAUACCAAACAAUUCAUAUUCCUGAAUGAUUUUACAUGAAAGAAGCAAGGCUCGAAUGAUGGUCCAAAAGACAAAAACUCAGCAAUUUGAAUCAAGUGCAAAAAUUAUUGGCAAAUAAUGUUGAAUAACUCUUAUUUCUUUAUGACUAUGGAAAUAAAAAUCUAAGCAGCAAA